GUUUAAAUCUUUCAAGUGAACUUUUCUCUGAUAAAAAAUAACAGAGUCCUUCGAUGGGGAGUUACAGGAUGUGUGUGUGCUUUACUAGGAAGUUCAAAGUCACCGAGGCAGCACCACCACCGGACGUCAAUGAUGCAUUCAAGAAGUACGCCGAGGGUGGUCCCCACAUGACGGCGGAGCAGCUGCAUCGGUUCUUGGUGGAGAUGCAGGGGCAAGGCGGUGCAACGGUGGCGAAUGCAGAGGGGAUUGUUCAGCAGGUGCUGCAAAAACGGCAUCAUAUGGCCAAGUUCAGGAGACGCAGUUUAACCCUUGAUGAUUUCCACCAUUACUUGUUUUCUGCAGAUCUGAAUCCGUCCAUUGGUGACCAGGUCCACCAUGACAUGACAGCUCCAUUGUCCCAUUAUUUCAUAUACACCGGCCACAAUUCAUAUUUAACUGGGAAUCAGCUAAGCAGUGAUUGUAGCGAUGUGCCCAUCAUAAAGGCAUUGAAGAGAGGUGUAAGAGUGGUGGAGCUUGAUAUAUGGCCCAAUUCCACCAAAGAUGAUGUUCAUGUUCUUCAUGGAAGGACUUUGACAACUCCUGUUGAACUCAUCAAGUGUUUAAAAUCCAUUAAAGAACAUGCCUUUAGUGCAUCACCUUAUCCUGUUGUAAUUACUCUUGAAGACCACCUAACUCCAGAACUUCAGGCAAAAGUUGCUCAGAUGGUUACUCAAACGUUUGGGAAAAUGCUGUUUCACCCUGAUUCUGAAUGUCUGAAAGAAGCCCCUACGCCGGAGGAUCUCAAGUAUCGGAUUAUUAUUUCGACAAAACCUCCCAAAGAGUACCUUGAAGCCGAAAGUAAUAAGGACAAAAUGAAUAAUUUUCAAAAGGGGAAGGAGUCUGAUGAUGAUGUUUGGGGAAAAGAACCAGCAGGGCUUACAGGUGAUCCAGAAGAUGACAAGACCGAUAGUGAUGGAAGUGAGAACAAUCGGGACGAUGAAGAAACUGAUUCAUUUGAACCCGAAUUACGCCUUUCAAGAGCACCUGCGUACAAGCAUCUUAUCGCCAUUCAUGCUGGCAAACCCAAGGGUGGGCUGAAAGAGGCACUGAAAGUUGAACCUGAUAAAGUCAGGCGCCUUAGUUUGAGUGAACAAGCACUUGAAAAGGCUACAAUGUCCCAUGGAACAGAUGUUGUGAGAUUUACUCAGAAGAAUUUCCUGAGAAUAUAUCCCAAGGGCACUCGGUUUAACUCCUCAAACUACAAGCCAUUGAUUGGUUGGAUUUAUGGUGCUCAAAUGGUUGCCUUUAACAUGCAGGGAUACGGUAGGUAUCUUUGGCUGAUGCAUGGGAUGUUCAGAUCUAAUGGAGGCAGUGGUUAUGUGAAGAAACCGGAUUUUCUGAUGAAUGUGAAUCCAGAUGGUUCGGUUUUUGAUCCAAAAGCCGACGUGCCUGUCAAGAAAACUUUAAAGGUGAAAGUAUAUAUGGGAGAUGGGUGGCACUUGGAUUUUAAACAUACACACUUUGACUUGUAUUCUCCGCCCGAUUUCUACACCAGGGUUGGUAUUGCGGGAGUUCCAACUGAUGAAAUAAUGAAGAAAACAAAGAAAAAAGAAGACAAUUGGACACCUGUUUGGGACGAAGAAUUUAUGUUUCCAUUGAGAGUUCCUGAAUUGGCUUUACUCCGAAUUGAGGUCCAUGAAUAUGACAUAUCAGAGAAAGAUGAUUUUGCAGGUCAAACUUGUUUGCCAGUCUCUGAACUGAAGCCUGGGAUUCGAGCAGUCCCCCUCUUCGAUAGAAAGGGGGAGAAGUUCAACUCUGUAAGACUACUUAUGCGGUUUGAGUUUGUUUGAGACUAUGAACAUGAAGAUAUGUAUUGCUUUAACCUAAUCUCUUUACUGUCACACGAUCACUUUACUUUCAAUUAGCUGUUUUGAUUCA